AUGAAAAGUAGCAAAUCUAAGAACUGCGGUAACUCUACAAUAGUAAGCCCGCUCAGUAUUUCAGACGCCUCGCAUCACAAGGUAGCCGCUAGCAAAGCGUUUUUGGAAAAUCACUACCGGGACCUCCUUCGCGAUACGCGCAGAGGUGGCGUACGUGAGGUAGGCCCACGCGAACGGGAACUCACCGCUAAUGAUUUUCAUCUUCUUAAAUGUAUCGGCCGCGGGGCCUUUGGAGAGGUUUAUGUCUGCCGGCGGGUAGGCCAAAACAAUCAGUUGUAUGCCCUGAAGCGGCUUCGAAAAAUGGAUAUGAUAAGAAAGAAGCAGGUUUUACACAUCCGAUCUGAAAAGGAUGUGUUGUCGGAGGCAUCAACCAAAAAUCCAUGGGUAGUCCGUCUGUACGCGAGCUUUCAGGACGAGCAGUACCUGUAUAUGGUGAUGGAAUACAUGCCCGGCGGGGAUAUGAUCUCGUGGCUCUGUGAAAAGGGUAUUUUCGAUGUCGAUAGCACACGUUUCUACAUCGCUGAGCUCUGCGUAGCUGUGAACAGUGUCCACGAAAUGUUUUUUGUGCAUCGGGAUAUCAAACCCGAUAAUAUUCUCUUCGGGACCGAUGGUCAUAUUAAACUCAGUGACUUUGGCUUGUCAAAGCGGUUUGCGAAGUGCCGCGAUGACGAGCUGCUUCUGUUGGAUUGUUCUGAUGAGAACAGCAGCAAUCGAGAGCAAACCAACUCGACUAGUUCGCCGGAAAAUUUAUCGGGCCGGACUGAUACGAACCAGAGAUCCUUGGAUCCGGAUAAACCGCGGCGGUUGCAGCGGGAUAGCAUCGGCCGAGGGACCUCAGUUGGUGAGGGUCGUGCGGGCGCCUCGCCCCACUCCGCCUCUUCGAAACCGAAGCACGACUCCUCGUAUCGCCACGCGCGUGAGAUGUUCCAGUCCAUCGUCGGCAGCGCGGGCUACAUCGCGCCGGAGAUCCUACUGCGCCAGUCCUACGACGUGAGUUGUGACUGGUGGUCCGUCGGAGUGAUCGUGUACGAGAUGCUCUACGGCAUCCCACCUUUUUACUCCAGUGAACCGAACACGACGUGUCACAAGAUCAUGCACUGGCGAAAGUAUCUAUGCUUCCCUUCCGACAAGGGCAUCCCAAGUGAGGCCGUGGACUUCAUCGCACGGCUCCUGUGCGAUCCGAAGGACCGCAUGACCUUCGCGGAGAUCUCGCGCCAUCCUUUUCUUCAGGGCCUGGAUCUGGAUCAUUUGCGGGAGAUGAAGGCUGCGUACACGCCCGUCCUUUCGGGCCCGUUAGACACCAGGUACUUCCCGGAGAUCGACGAAAGCACCUUGAGUCAGACUGUCGCAGACGAUAACAACACGGUGAGGGAAGUCGACCCACGAGGAGUCAUGUUUGCAGAUUUCAGGUUUAAUUAUUACUCAAAUCACCGACGCAUAUCAGCCGCAAAAGAUCAAUAG